GGGUCUACAGGAGGCAGGGGAGCUGCGCGAAGGACUCUGGGGUUCGGGGCAGGGCCAGGCCAAUGGCGUCUCAGGCAGGCCCCUGAGCUGCCAGCACUGAUGGCAGCGACUUUCAGCACCGGGAGUGCGUCGCCAUGCACUACCAGAUGAGUGUGACCCUCAAGUAUGAAAUCAAGAAGCUGAUCUACGUGCAUCUGGUCUUAUGGCUGCUGCUGGUUGCCAAGAUAAGUGUGGGACACCUGAGGGUCUUGUCACAUGAUCAGGUGGCCAUGCCCUAUCAGGGGGAGUACCCAUAUUUGCUGAGCAUUGUGCCCUCCCUCUUGGGUCUCCUCUCCUUCCCCCGCAACAGCAUUAGCUAUCUGGUGCUCUUCAUGAUCAGCAUGGGGCUCUUUUCCAUCGCCCCUCUCAUUUACAGCAGCAUGGAGAUGUUCCCUGCCGCACAACAGCUCUAUCGCCAUGGCAAGGCCUACUGCUUCCUCUUUGGGUUUUGUGCCAUCUCCGUCAUGUACCUGGUGUUGGUGCUGGCAGUUCAAGUGCAUGCCUGGCAGUUACACUACAGCAAGAAGCUCCUAGACUCUUGGUUCACCAGCACAGAGGAGAAGAUGCGUAAAUGAAGCCUGCGGAUGGAUUGAUCCCUGGGGUGAAUCCUAGCCCUCCCGUGGAGAAGAAUGAGAGGGUAGAAGAGCUGUUCUAAAAUCUCUGUUGUAAUUUUGGCAGCUGUGACCUUGACAACUGGUGCAAACUAAGCCCAAAUUAUGGAAAGCUGCUA